GGGGUAGAAGGCGCAUGCCCAGUAGCGCUCGCGCCUCGGGUCAGAGCGACUGAACUCUGGGUGCGGCGCCAGGUCUUGGACUCUCGCGGUGCGUGAGCCCCGACUUCCGCUGGUCCCGUGAGGUCGCGGUUUGCUUCGUUCCCCGCCGCGAGGAAGGCUCAGCGGGACCGCCGCAGCCGCUACCGCGGGGUGUCAUGGAAAAGCUGCGGCGAGUGCUGAGUGGACAGGACGACGAAGAACAAGGGCUGACCUCACAGGUCCUAGAUGCUUCAACACUUUCUUGGAAUACUAGAUUGAAGUGGUUUGUCAUAUGUUUCAUAUGUGGCAUUUUAUGUUCUCUUAUUGGAACAGCAUUGCUAUGGCUUCCAGGAGGGGUGAAACUUUUUGCAGUUUUCUACACUUUGGGAAAUAUUUCUGCAUUAGCCAGUACUUGCUUCUUAAUGGGACCUGUGAAACAACUGAAAAAAAUGUUUGAAUCAACAAGGUUGUUUGCUACAGUUAUCAUGCUGAUUUGUUUGGUGUUAACUCUGUGUGCUGCUCUUUGGUGGCAUAAAAAAGGAUUGGCUCUGCUGUUCUGCAUAUUGCAGUUUUUGGCAAUGACUUGAGAAGCAGAAUGUUGCCUGAACUCUAUCCUAGAGGAGGAAAAAAGAGUAUGAGAAAUAUCUCUUCACUCAUAGUGAACAAGAAGCAUGAAGGUCUUUUUUUUUUUUUUUUUUUUUUUUUUUUAAUGAAAGAAAAAACCUUUACUUUUUCUUCCUCUUUUUUGGUGAGAGUGAGUGGUGAAGUGGAUUGGGGAGUUUAUUGGCAGAUAGGGGGUUUUGAAUAGGUUUUGAAUUUCUGGAUGAUAGCUCAAAAUAUGAGAAUGAUGGACUAUUUGUCAGGGACAUGGCAAAAGAAACUAAUAAUAGAAUUUGGGAACCUAGAAUAAGAUUAUAAGAGAGCAGUUAGCUGCCUGCAGUUUAAAGCAUCAAACUCAAAUGAACUGCAUCCCAGGAUACUUGCAGAUUAUGUUUUUGCUAAAUUACUAUCUUUCAAAUGAAGUAAAUUUCAAAGUAGUCUUUGAAAGAUCAUGAUGAAUAUAAAAGCUUCUAUAUUCUUGAAGGAAAAAUAUCCCCAUUUUCAAAAAAAAGGAAGAGGUAUAAUGGACCCUUAAUUCUUGGCAAAACUAUUAAUAGCUAGCUUUUGUAUAUCUUCUGCUAAGUUCUAGGAUCCAUGGUAAGUAUAUUUGAUCCUCACAACAACCUUGGGAAGGAGAUAAAUUCUCUUAUUAGUCCCUUUUAUAAUUGAAGAAACUGAGGCAAACAGAGGUAGUGAUUUGCCCAGGGUUACAUAGCCAGUUCAUAGCUGAGGUUGAAUUUGAAUUUAGGAUGUCUUCUAUCUACUUUUUGACAUCUGUUCUGCCUAUCUGCUCUAUGUACUGUGACAUCAUGACAACGUCACUCUUUCUUAGAAAAAGCAAUGAGGCUGACAUCAGGAAAUAUUUAUGUAUUUACUAGUCCAUUUAGCUGUAGUUUACCUCACAUGCCUUUAACAAAAUCUCAUUCUUAGUCUUAUGGGAAAAAUUGGAAAGAGGUGGGCCAAAAGAGAUUAUGCAAUUAAAUAGAUUGAGAGCUGUAUAAGUGUUCAAAUGACAGUAGUAACUUAGUUUCCACAUCAUCUUGGUUUUUCAGUGGACUGCACUAGCAUCUGUUUGAACUUGUGACAUUUAAUUUAAGAUUACUAAUGUGAAGAAGUUGUUCUUCCAGAACUCUUAUUUUUUAAGAGUAUAUGAUACAAGAAGGUAAUCUUAUUAUACUUAGCUGAUUUUCUUGUUUUGAUAUAAUAAAAAUUAUUUUGUAUGUUUAAAAAAAUUAUAUACUUGGAAAUCCUAAUCAUGUUGUCUUCCUC